AUUGGGUUUACAAAGCAGAGAAAUGAACCCGCUGGUACCAGAUAACGCAAAGAAUCGUUCUUUCUGCUUCUCGUAAAACCGUCUGAACGSACCGGAUUUCACCUCCGGGUCAGAMCAACAUGAGCCAGCUGCGGAUGUUCGCCUCCACAGUGUGUUUACAAAUUGCGCAGAUCUCGKUAGCUAACGUUAGCCGCUGUCUGUGGUCCGCCUCGGCUGCAUCCCUGAAGGAACAGGCUGUUUGAAUAAGCUAAAGACUCUGCACCAUGAAUCUUUUCCGCCUGGUGUGCCGCCAUAAGACAGCUCUGGUCAUUGGCACUGUGUGCAGUUUUGCAGCGGUCCUUGUCUUCUUGGCCAAAUGUACAUCCGAAACCCUGAAACAGGGUCACCAGGAYCCUCCGGGCUUAGCCCCCCACACCAAGGAUUUGCACUUCCGUCCAGACCARCAGCAUCCCGUCCCCGUGCCCAAAGAGUUGUCGGCUUUUCUCGUGGUCCUCAUCACAACGGGACCCAAGUACACCGAACGCAGGAGCAUCAUCCGCAGCACCUGGCUCGCCAAGCGGGACUCGGAUGUUCUGGCCCUGUUUGUGGUUGGAACUCAAGGUCUCCCCAGCGAGGACCUUCAAAACUUGAACACGGAGCAAGGGCGACACAAGGACUUGCUCUUACUGCCUGAUUUGAGAGAUUCUUACGAGAACUUGACACUGAAGCUGCUACAUAUGUACUCCUGGCUGGACCAGAAUGUGGACUUCAAGUUUGUCUUCAAAGCGGACGAUGACACGUUUGUUCGCUUGGACCUCCUCAAGGAGGAGCUGAAGGGGAAGGAGCCCAGCAGGUUGUACUGGGGCUUCUUCUCGGGAAGAGGCCGUGUAAAAACCGCCGGCAAGUGGCGCGAAAGCUCCUGGGAACUCUGCGACUACUACCUGCCRUACGCGCUAGGCGGCGGCUACGUCCUCUCGGCCGACCUGGUGCGCUACGUGCAUCUGAACGCGGGCUACUUCAAGACGUGGCAGAGCGAGGACGUGUCCCUAGGUGCCUGGCUGGCACCGGUGGAUGUCCGGCGGACGCACGACCCUCGCUUCGACACGGAGUACAAAUCGCGUGGCUGCAACAACAAGUACUUGGUGACGCACAAGCAGAGCCUGGAGGACAUGUUGGAGAAGCACCAGACUCUGCAGCGUGACGGCAGGCUCUGUAAGGAGGAGGUCAAGCUGCGGUUGUCUUAUAUUUAUGACUGGAGUGUACCGCCAUCUCAGUGCUGCCAAAGAAAAGAUGGGAUUCCAUAACUGCUGUCUUUGCCACAAAGGUCCAUCUUGUUUUAGGAUUAGAUGCAUUUCCAUUCAAGUCAGUGAGAUUUUUCUUUGAGUCCAUACCUUUGCCUCUUUGUACGCCACCUAGCACUUAGCGGGUACCAAUUUGUACUCUUGCUUACCAUUGGGUAGUCAUGUAUUUUUGUGUGAGUCAGUGAAGGCUGAGCUUCGAGCCAAAGGUCAGAGGUGAAGGUUAGGUUUGGACGUCGGUGCUAGGUCAUGGUUAGGGGCUUCAGAUUGUGUAAAUCGCCCUUAACCUAUAAACUAAAGAAGGUACUAAAGUAAUACUCCAGCGUAUUAGAUAUCAACUUGACAGGCCAAGGCAAUUUUCCCAUGGAAGAGGGUAUUGUGUUGUAUCAACAAAAUUAUGGGUUUGUAUUUACCAAAAUUGCCAAAUUCCACCAAAUUUGCAUUCGUUCCAAUGGUUCCCAAACUUUUCAGCUUUUGACCCACAAAAGAACAGCAGAGACUUGUGCCCCCAACUCUUUCUGUGUUAUAAACAUGGGAUCAGGUCAAAUAGUAACAAUAUUAAUUAUACUAGUAACUAUCCCCACUCUUUUGUAUCAACUAAGGCAAGAAAUUGUUGCUCAAAAUCAUUUUUAAAUGUAAUUUAUUCAGAAACUCUUUUCAAGACCCUAACGAUGCUUCAGGAGUGGACCCCACUGUGAGUCCCAACCCCGACUUUGGGAAUAACUGCAUUAGAUCAUCUAAAGUUGCGUAACAUCAGAGCAGAAACUGUGGGAUAAAUCUUGUGCCAGCAGGAAUUGAAUUAGUAUUGCUCAGAUUGAAUCUGAAUGUGCAUUAUUUGAAAUU